UCAUCCCCUCCCCUCCCCGCCAUCACCCCCAUAGCACACCCUUCCAUCCCGCAAAACUGAUACCCCCACCGGAUUCCUUUGUUGGAUUCAGAAAGAUCUUGUGGAGAAUAGGUCAUUUCUAGCCACUGAUUGCUUCCAGGCCACCCUUCGUGCGUUUGAUCCCACUCCAAAAACCAUCAAGCUCAUCCGAGAAGGGACUGGCCCAGGAUCCCUAUCCUUUGCCGAAGUGGUCAAACAAGGUGCGAAGAUGGCUGACCGCCGUGGUGCCAACCCUUCUGGUGUUGCUGGUCCAGCCAAGGGAGCGGUGCAGAAACCCGCUCUGGGUGCCGGUGGAUCUAAGUAGACGAACACUACUGGUAAAGAUCCUGUCCCUCCUCAACGACCAACUAGAUCCACUGGAUCCACUGCCACCUCCUCUCAGGUUCAAUCGUCUCAGGUUAAUGAAGUGGAAAAAGAGCAGCCUCUAGACCCUAGGUAAGAGGACAUGAUAUGUUUUAACUGUGGUGGCCCUGGGCACUAUGUGGGUAAUUGUGUUAGACCUAAAGCUUGUUUUAUCUGCCAACAAUCCCACAAUGUGAACAACUGCUUUGCUUGGACUAGGGUUCAACCCACUGCAGCUUUCUUUGGGAGUGGUGCUAGUGGCCUGGGCUUUUAUGAUGUUGAGGUUCCUGUGGCAAAUGAAUCCAAAUGGCUCAAUUUCCAAAACUGUGGUGUGGUUAACAUUACCAAGGGUGAAGUGGACAAGGAUAAAUUGGUGAGUCUUCUGACUGCUACUUUUUGUAAAACCAGAGCUUGGCCUUGGCAGAUUAGGGAGUUAUCCAGUAAAGAGUUUCUGGUCAGAUUCCCUCCAUGGAAGAAAGUAGAGGAUUUAAUUGAACUUCAUGGUUUCAGUUUACCCCAAGAUAUAUCUGUCAAAAUGACUGAAUGGACUGGGUCUUGUGACCCAUUUGGUGAACUACUUGAGGCAUGGGUGCUGAUUGAGGGGAUUCCUCCUAAGUGGUGCUCCUGGAAAGUGUUUGCACAAAUUGCAUCCAUGUUUGGGGUGCUCACUGAUGUUGAUUGGAAUGGCAUGUUUAGAACAUUUUAUGAAAAUGUGAGGAUUAAGAUUGCUUGCAGAGACCCUAGGAAAAUUCCUUUCGAGAGGUUGAUUGAGAUGAAGAAGAAGCUAUUCUUGCUUGGUUUCACUGUGGAGGGUUUUGAGCAGGUGGGAGGCAAAGGUUCUGUGGUAGAAAUUGAAGAUGAGAAUGAGGAUGACAACUUUGAGGAAGACAAUGGUAACCAAGAACCACAUGAUCUACCCAAGAACAAUGAUGAUGAACUCAUUGAUGAUGACACUGCCAUUGAUGAUCUUGAUAAGGCAAACUUUACAUCCAGGGGUGUCACAAGUUCUUCUGCUGGGAAAAAAGCAUGCAACACGCUGUCUGACUGUCAGGGGGAUGAUCAGGGAAACUUCAUUCUAGAGUGCCUCUCAAACAAGAGGAAUGUUGAUGAGGGUGGUAUGAAUGGGGAGGUGUGUUCCAUGAAUAAGGGUACCCUGAUUGACAAAAGAGAUGGGGUUUGUACUCCUGAAAAGACCUGGUUAAAAAGAGAUGAUGAUGGUAACCAAAGUGACAGUAUGAGCUACUAUUUGGAUCUUCUGAAAUCAGUGGACAUGUCUGUAUCUGAUGAUGAUGAAAGUGUUGAAGAGGUGGAAGUGGGAGUUCUCUCCCCUGGUACAGUUCAGAAAAUGCAGGAGUCUGGUAUAAAACGUUCACUGUUGGAGAUUUUGGACCAAGCCCGAUCUGGUGGAAACAAGACAAGAACAUAAAGUGGGGGCCUGUUAAAGCCCAGAAAUAUGAUACUAGGCUGCAUGGGAAUGUGGACAUAAUUAAGAAAGCUGCCCAGUAUAAGAUGAAGAAGAACAUGGAGAUUCCUCCAACUUUUAAAGGGGCGAAAAUGGCGAAGCAUUCGCUGCAUCAUGGACCUGGUGGGAGGGCUGAUGAGACAAUGGAAGAUCUUGUGCUCCGGCGCCCAGGGUGCGCUUCUUCUCCGGUGCUUAAGGAUUUUGGAUCGGCGAAGAGGGGAAUUGCUUAGAAUAGCUUGGGAGAUGUGAAGUGAUCUGAACUACCUGAACUUAGUCCACCUUGUUUUGGCUCCAGGCGUUGGCUGGACUCAUUUAUUUUGCCUUGUAAUAGGGUAGUUCGCUAGGUCCUUUCUGUGACAGCUACUUUGGCUGUUGCCGAGCGCUGUACAUUGUCCUGGUCGUGGUUUCACCUUUGCUUUUUAAUAAAAGUUGGGGCAGGGGGGAAACCCCUAUCUAUAAAAAAAACA